AUGGUGACCCAGGCACCCCAAGGGAGUGGGAGGAUCCGCAGUCAAAUUGGGAUCUCGAAGAGACGUGUUGAGGAUUGCCUGGAUGAGGAGGUACAGGAACAGAGCGACAUUGAAGGAUUCAACGUUGAUGAUCUUCAACAAUUCCUCGAAGAUUUGCAUGAAGACUUGCAAAAACUGCAAAAGCGCUGUCAGACUUUGGCAGAUUUGGAUCGGAAAUGGAAGAAUUUGAUGGAUGAGGAUCUCUCAGGAGAAGAGAGAAAGAUCCAGGAACAAUAUGUUGUUCAAUAUGGAAACUAUUUGGAGACACUUGAACGUGGAAAGAUCAGGAUUCAGGUUCUGAAGGACUUAUAUGUCAUUGGUCUCAAUCGGAUAAGAUUAUUGGAUGAGAACAGAUUGAUUCUGUUGCCAACGUUGGGCGAACUAUCCAAGGAAGGAGCUCAACAAGACGAACAAAAGGUGAUUUCGAAAAAUCCACCUGGGGAAAUUCAAACGGCUGAACAGUUCAUGGACAAGAGAACGGAUGACAAAUUGGGGGCAGUGCAAGCGGUUGCAGCUCCUCCGUCUAAUCAACCCAUUCUGGUGAAUACAUUCGGGCACAUUACUUUGCCACAAAUGACUCUACCAACGUUUACGGGAAACGUAAUGGCAUGGUAUGAGUUCAAGGAAUCAUUUGAGUCGAUAAUGAACAGCAUCAAAGUGGACGAGCUCACUAAGCUGCAUUAUUUGAAAUCGGUCGUCAGUGGAGAAGCAGGAGAGUUGGUCAAGUAUCUGCAAACAACUCACAAAAACUUUGAAAUUGCUAUGACAAUGCUGGAAGAACAAUAUGGAGGGAAAGAACGGAUUCAACAUGUAUUGCUACAACAAUUGAGAGAGAUUCCUGAUGUUACAUCAAGCAAUACGGACGCUGCUACUCUACAAUUGUUCAUCACAAAGGCUACUUCCAUUUUCAGUCAACUAAUUGGUUACGGAGUUGACAUGGACAACAUUGCUACGGCGGACAUUAUAAAAUCAAAACUUCCCAAGAGAGUGAUUGCAAAGAUCUAUGGUGUAGCAACGGGAGAACUGCCAAAAUCAGCAAAGGAACUAUUGCGAAGAGUUCGAGAGAUUUCGAGAGCUGAAAGUUUGGUUGCUGUUAUUUACAACAAUAAGUCGGAAAGAUCUACAACUACUAUGGCAACUAUGAAUCAUCAAAAUCAUCAUCAUCAACAUCAACAACGGACAGGAUUUCGUAGAGGAGCUGAACAAGGAGUGCAACAACAAUCUCGUUCGAAAGUCAGCAAGCCGUGUGCAUUUUGUGUGGAGGAUCGGAUGAGGCACUACCCAAGAGAUUGCAGGAAGUUUUCGACAGUGGAGUUGCGCAAGCAGAGAGCAAAGGAAUUGAAGUUAUGUUUCCGAUGUUUACAAUCAGGCCAUACUGCUCGUCAAUGUUCAUACAAGUGCUAUGGCUGUAAUGGACCUCAUCAUGAGUCAAUUUGUUUCCAUCGAGAAGAACGAUCAACUGAGAAUAAGCAACAACAUUCUGGACCAGUUGGACAACAAGCUGCAUUUUCGUCAUCACACGGACCAAGUGUUCCACCCUUCCAUAAUCAGCAGGGAGUCAAAGGAUAUUCUCAAGGCUCAAACAAUCAAUCAGGAGGUGGGCAGUACAAUGGUCAAAAUGGAGGAUCUUCUGGUUAUCAAGGUUAUCAACGGAGAACGAAACCAAGAAGUUAUCAACAAGGAAAUGGGCAACAACAACAAACAUAUGCGGUGGAUGCUUCUGUUGAGUCUGAAGAUGCAUUUACUCAUUCGUCUCAAUCGGAUCCUGAACUUGAUGAUAUUCCUAUCAAUACUGAAGCAGUGUCUCAAGUAAUGGAAAUCGAUGCACAAGAGACAGUUGAAGUGAUUGAAACACCAAGACCACCAGUGAUCAUGAUGUCUGCUGAUGUUCCGAUUUUGGACGACAAUGGAGAAGAGCAUUUAGCUACCGUUUUCUUCGAUUCGGGUUCGAAUACCAGUUACAUCCGAAAGGAGUUUGCGGAGCGUUUGAAGUUAAAACCAACUAGUCAGAAGAAGCUGAACGUGAAUACAUUUGCUCAUCGAGAAACCAAGAGAUUGCUGACAACUACUUUUGAUGUUUGUUUCAAAACCAAACAUUCGACUGCUACUGUUCAAUUGUGUAAAGUGGACAACAUUGCAAGCAACAUUGUCACUGCGGAGGUGGAAAGUGAUGUGUUGAAACGACUGCUGCAAGACCAGGAUCAAUAUCUUCAGUUGAAACGGACAAGAAAGGAAGUUGAUAUUCUCAUUGGAUUGGAUUCGUAUUUGGAAAUUGUGGGACAAGUGAACACUCUUCGAUUGGCAAACGGGUUACAAUUGCAUAUCACGGAUGUCGGACCAAUUGUUGCUGGAAAAGAGAAUGUGGUGGAUUCUGCUCUUACAUUUUCUACACUUUCGGAUGCAGAUGUGGGAGACAAAGAGUUAUCGAAAUUGUUGCAAUCAUUUUGGGAUUUGGAAUCUAUUGGCAUAAUUGACGUUAAUCCCAAGGCGACUAUUGAUGAAGAGACUCAGGCGUUUUUCGAUACUACCACAACUCAGAACAUGGAUGGUCGAUAUGUUGUUCGUCUUCCGUAUGCAAGCAAGAAGGAAAUUUCGUCUAAUCGUCAACUGGCAUUUUUUCGUCUCCAAGGAUCUUUGAAGCGGUUGAAGAAAGAUGACAAGCUGUUGGAUCAAUAUGCUAAUACUUUCAAAGAACAGAUGACACUGGAUUUCAUUGAGGUCGUUCCAAACGAAAACCACAUGGAUGGCUGUGUGCUCCAUUAUUUAGCGCACCACCCUGUUUUCAAACAAAGUUCUAAGUCAACGAAAAUGAGAAUCGUGUUCGACGGCAGUGCCAAGCAGAACAAGCAGGAUUUAUCCCUCAACGAACAUCUUCACGUUGGAACGAACUUACUUCCGGACAUUGCAGCCUGUUUAUUACGAAUGCGCACGUUCGUUAUUCUGAUAUCAGCGGAUAUACAAAAGGCGUUCUUACAAUUGGAGCUCAACAUUUUGGAUCGGGAUGCAACACGAUUCUUGUGGAUUGAUGAAGAAGGACAAGUCAUUUGCUACAGAUUCAAGCGAGUUCCUUUCGGAUUAAAGUCUUCACCGUAUUUGCUCAAUGCUACCAUUCGUCUACAUCUCUCCAAACAAACAAACCCGGUGGCAAAGGCAAUGGCGCGGUCCAUUUACGUUGAUAACGUAUACAUCGGGGUGCAAACCAUUCAUGAGGCGGAGAGAUUCUACCACGACUCUAAAGAGAUUUUUCGUCAAGCAAAAAUGAAUCUCACACAGUAUUGUAGCAAUUCGGAUAAAGCCAAUGAAUAUUUCGCAGCGCAGGAGAAGACGGAAAAAGAAACUGGCAUUCAAAAACUCCUAGGAGUCAAAUGGGACACUACAUCUGAUGAGUUCAUUUAUUCCUUUCCUGAACCCAAAGCAGACACCAUCACAAAACGAAAAGUGCUGAAGUUCAUCGCAACUGUGUAUGAUCCAAUUGGUUUUCUUUCACCAACAACAUUGUUCGGGAAAUUGUUUUUCAAGCUGCUGACUGAAGAAAAAAUGUCAUGGGAUGAGAUGUUGUCAAAGAAGUUGGAAGAUCAAUGGGCGGUUCUGUUGAAGCAAUGGAGUUCUUCAUCUUGUUGUUCAUCUUGCAGAUCUUCUCAGUGGCUUGAAUACUAG